AUGCAAAAGUAAAUUUGUCAUUAUAAUUAAGAGAGGAAAUAGAUCAGGCAUUAAAAUAUUUCUGUUUCAAGUAUACCUACUACAAUAUAUUUACUUUGGCAUUCUCAUUAUUUCAAUAUGAUUUGCUUCCAUUUGCUCUACCUAUUGGAUUAUUAAUUAUUCAAGAACUUAUUUGUUGGAUUUGCCAUUCUAAAAGGAAUCUUAUUUUAUCAAUGUAACAUAUGCUUCAAAUUUUGGCUGCUAUUUUCAUAUUAAUUCUCUAUUAUAUAGAUCUGUAUUACUAUAUUUUUGUUAAUUUAUUUGUUGUAUUUACAACAUUCCUUGGAAUCAAAUGGAGUUGUUAAUAAGAUUAAUAACAUGAAUAUUCAACUAUCUUUAGAUAUGUAAAAAUAAUAAAUAUAUCAAAUUUAUAGCUUUAAGGAUUCUUUAGUAUAUCAAUAUUGAUUGCUUCAUUAUGUAUCACCAUUAAAUUGAAUGAAUUAGUUAAUUGGACUUGGUCUUAAACAUUCUGGUGGUAUUGGAUGUAUCUAAGUGCACUUAUAGGAAGUGCCUUUACUAUAUUAAUGAUCCUAAUUUCUAAAUUAAUUAAUUAAUUCUACUACCAUAGAAUAUCUCUCCAUUCAAAUGAAUGUAAAUAAUCAAUUUUAUUAUUUAGAUAAAACUUUGUUUUGGUCUUUUUAUUUAUUUUCAAUUACUAGUAUUUUAUCUGGAAUAUGGAUAAUUAAUACUUUCAAUCUUCUUGGAAUGAAUCUACAAAUUGAAAUUGGAAUUAUUAUUUUUAGCAUUAUUAUUGCAUUUAAUCUAGUUGUAUUUGCAGGAACUCAUUUUCUUUUUUAAGACAUUUCUUUAUUUUUUACUCAUCUAAUUAAUGCAGAAUUCCAGCAAAGAGAAUUACCAUCCAGUCCUAGAAUGGAUGAAAUCAGAAUCAGAUUAAAUUCAAAAUCUCCAAUAUUGUUAAAAAAAUUAUCUUCCUCGUAUUUUCGUUUAGUUACUUGUUAAGAAUUCUUAAUGUAUGCUAAUACUAAUAAAGAAGAACUCUUUACAGAAAGAGCUAAUAAUCUAUCAUAAAACAUUAUCAGAGAUGAUAAUUAGGAAAUUAAAAGAAUCAAAAAACCAAAGUAAAAAACUGAUAUUAUUCUUGAAACAUAAAAAACUCAAACCGCCCAUAAUUAAUGUAUAAUAUGUUGCGAAAAGUAAGCUAAUGCUGUUUUAAUGAAAUGUGGCCAUGGUGGAAUAUGUUUUGAAUGUGCAUAUGCAAAUGCACAAAAAAGUAAAGAAUGCUUUCUAUGUCGAUAAAUAGUCAUAGAAAUAUAUGAAAUUGAUUAAAAUGAUUAAGGCAAUUAUCUUAAGGUUUAUACUAAAACUAGAAUUAUUUGA